CCAGGUUUGAAUGAAACCUUAGCUAACAGAAGUAGUCAAAGCCCCUAAUAAUGCAGCGCUUUUUCACUGGGCUCGACGAUGAAUUCAGAGAUACAGACCUGGCUGGGAAGGAAGCCUCGGGCCAGUUUAACCAGUUCAGUUCUACAGCACUCCAGGAAAUUUUCUCUCCUAUUUUUUACACGCCCCCCAGGAAAGACUCGUGACCAGAUGUUAUUCGAACAAAUUCUGAACGGCACUAUAUCGGACAGAGAUUGUUCGAAGUUCUGGAAGUCUGUUUUCAGUCGAUCCUAUAGCCGUGAUACGGCCAAGGCAAAAUCAUCGCACGACGGAAGCGAGUCGGAGGAUUAUUUUCUGGAACUGCCGUGGAAUGAUGUCGAUAUUCUUGCCAACAUACCGGAUCUGUUUACAGUUGAAGUUACUGGCACGAAUGAUGAAAAUUGUGAUAUCCAAUGUGAGUGCCAAACGUGCCGCAAAUGGGUAAGAGCAAUGUAUCGGGCGUAUCGCAAGCCCAGGUUCUGUGUCAGAAGAAUCGAAAACCCCGCAGAUAUGCACUUUUACAGGCGACGAGACAUCCCAUGGCCCUCCUGUCUAUCGGAAGCGAAGAACGGCUAGACGAGAAGGACAACGACGACAGUGACAACGAUGAUUAUGAGGAGGAUGGAGAUGAAGAGGAAGAUGAGGAUGUUGAUGAGGAUGAAGAUGACAACGAGGUCGAAAAAGAGCGGGGCGAGCUAGGAGACUGGGAGGACGAGUAUAACAAAUGGGACUCAUCUACUGACGUGCAUGACCAGCCGCAAGCCACAGAAGAUGAAGGCAAGAUGUCCUCGACAUUUGCGA